GUACGUGUAGCAUACACCCACCAGCGCAGUGACAAAACAAACCUAUACCAACGAACUGGGCCUGUCAAAACAAAUAUGGCGUCCAAGUCCAACUGCGUUCUCCUCUUGGCCGCCGUCCUAGUCUCCAUCUUUGCCGCCGUUGCCGCCAUCGGCAAUGAAGAUUGCACCCCAUGGAUGAGUACUCUGAUCACUCCACUCCCAAGCUGCCGUGACUAUGUGGAACAACAAGCAUGUCGCAUCGAAACGCCCGGGUCGCCGUACCUCGCCAAGCAGCAGUGCUGUGGGGAGCUUGCAAACAUUCCGCAGCAGUGCCGAUGCCAGGCGCUGCGCUACUUCAUGGGGCCGAAGUCUCGUCCGGAUCAGAGCGGCCUCAUGGAACUCCCCGGAUGCCCUAGGGAGGUGCAGAUGGACUUCGUGAGGAUACUCGUCACGCCGGGGUACUGCAACUUGACGACCGUUCACAACACUCCGUACUGCCUCGCUAUGGAGGAGUCUCAGUGGAGCUAGAGACAAUUCUCUCGCUCAUGAAUAAAUAAGCAUGUUGCGACCAUACAUGUGUGACAUGCAUAUAUGCAUAUAGGACGAGCUCCGCGCGCUCAUCAUGUGUGGUGCUAUGUGCUACAUAUAUGGAUAAGAAUAAAGGGAAUCAUUUUCGCUUCUUAAACUCAACUCAGAUCUUUAAUUCAUGUCUUUGGUGGUCAAAAUUAUUAGCAAAAUC